AUGAAAAUUUCACAAAAAAAUCGAAAAUUAUUCCUAACCUGGUGGGCGAUUACGGUGUUUAUGUAUUUAUCUUCAGGGCUUUCUUGAGCAUUAACAGCAUUGUUUUUAGAAAUUUUUUCUUUUAUAGGAGUACUUCUUUCUAGCAAGAAUUUUGACCCUCCACCAAAAAUAAUCGACUAUUGCAGCAUAUGCAAGUCUACACUUAUUAUUAACACAAAAUGCGGACAUUAUAUAUGCCAAGAAUGCUUUAAUCAUAGUAAAACUCAUUAUUUUGAUAAUGGCCAAGUGAAUUGCUAUUUUUGCAGCGAAAUUAUCCCUGAAAAUUUACCUUUAAAAGACCAAGGGGAUAUGGAAAUACACACAAAUGAGGAUGAAAAUAAAUUUCAAUGCUCAAUAGAUAUGAAUUUUUAUCCAGUUUCAAAGGAAUUUAGGCUUAGCUGUGAUCAUUCUUAUUGUAAAGAUUGCUUAGUUAAGUACUUAAAAGAAGAGAUUGAGACUUGCGAAGGAUUUGAUACAAUGGUGACGUGUAGACGAUGCAGCGAAGAAAUAAAAAAUUUUGAAGUUUUUGGGUUGUUUAGUUUUAAUGAGUUUAUGAAUUUUUUGAAGCGAAAAUCAAGCAUACUGAAAAAGAUAAAUAUUCCAACUAUUUCUUGUAAAAACUGUGGGCUGUGGUUUUGUUAUGAUUUAUAUAGAAAAAGUAGAUGUCCUAAUCCAAUAUGCUUACAGAGUGCUGCAAAAAAUGGCCAAAAAUAA